AUGUUGAGGGCCAAGAAGGGCCCCGGACUUGGACAAGACAUAUUGGAAGAGGUGGAAGAGGUUGAUCAUCCACUACCAGUUGAAGCAACUGCAUCUCCAUUGGAAGCCAAGCAGAUUGGCGAAGAUAUUGAACAUAACGAGGCCUCUGACUACGAUGACGACCAAACCAGCCAGCCAUUAACAGACGCCAAGUGCAACAGCAAACCUUUGAGAAAUCUCAUCAUGGAGAACAUUGUCAGAGACGAUGCGUUGGCAUCAAAACGAGCGAUUCAUGACGCGUCAGUUAAAACGUUCCCAGAAUCCACCGUGGACGUCAUAUGUUCAGGCACAGUAAUGUGUAGCCUUGCAGGAUUCACAUACUUGGUAUCAACGACGGAACAUUGUGAAGCACAGAAGGACAACGUCAUUUGUUUCGUUUACAAGCGACCUCUUAUUCGAUAG